AUGAUUUCACAACGUGUUGUUGCGGCCCUUGGUGGCCUUGCUGCGAGUCUGCCUGGUGCUCUCGCUGGCUUCAAUCCGUCGGCGACGGACAACAUCGCGAUUUACUGGGGCCAGAAUUCAGUUAAUAAACAGGGUGGCCAGCUGCGUCUCGCAGAGUAUUGUGCCGACAGCCCCAUCAAUAUCAUCCCGUUGGCGUUCCUUAACGUGAUCAAGAACCCGACAACGGUGAACUUUGCUAGUGCGAGCGACAACUGCACUGCAUUCCCCGACUCUCAGCUUCUCCGCUGCCCCCAGAUUGAAGAGGACAUCCAAAUAUGCCAAUCCCUCAACAAGUCCAUCCUCCUCUCUAUCGGCGGCGCCACUUACACCGAAGGAGGGUUCGCCUCCGCCGAGGAGGCCCAGACCUGGGCGGCCACCAUUUGGGCCAUGUUCGGCCCGGCACCACCAGGCUUCACGGACGACUCUGACUCUGACGUCCUCCGACCGUUCGGCAACGCCACCGUCGACGGCUUCGACAUGGACCUGGAGGCUUCCUCGGCACACAUGGCCGAGUUUGCAGGUGCCCUGCGGUCCAACAUGGAUGGCAGCGAUGCUGGGAAGGCCGGUCGUAAGUUCUUGCUGUCGGCUGCGCCGCAAUGCCCCUUCCCGGACGCUGCGAUGGGUGAGAUGUUGGAUGCGGGUGGCUUUGAUUAUGUGGGCGUGCAGUUUUACAACAACUACUGCGCUGCGUCGGCUUAUCAGAGUGGCGACCAGGAGCCUGGGCAGUACAACUUUGAAACCUGGGACGAGUGGGCCAAGAACGUGACCACCAACCCCGGGAUCAAGGUCCUGGUGGGCUUGCCUGGGAGUUCUACGGCUGCCGGUAUGGGGUAUGUUGAAGGAGAACAGCUGCAGCAGAUGCUUGCAUACUCCAAGAAGUUUGAGAGCUUUGGAGGCGUUAUGUCUUGGGACAUGUCGCAGGUGUACGCCAAUCAAGGCUGGCUCGACAGCGUCGUGUCGGCGUUGUUGGGUUGA